CCUCCUCUUGCUCUUGGCUCUGUUAAAAUAUUUCCUCCUUAAUUUGCACUAAGCAUAAUAAGAUCAUGGCGAGGUUCUUGAUGUUGGUGGCCUUUUGCAUGCUACCGGCUGUGGUUAGCGCGGGUCACCCCUUCUGGCUCGAGGGUUGGGUCCACUGCGACACGUGCCAAUUUGGGUUUGAGACCCCUCUCUCCACGUUCAUCGAGGGUGCUACGGUAAUUGUAGAGUGCAAGGACAGCAUGGACAUGCAGGUCACGUAUGAAGCUGAAGCUGUGACAGGCCCCGAUGGACGAUGGGAAAUGGAGGUCGAUGAGGACCACCACGAUGAGCUCUGCACAGUCCGAUUGUUCAGGAGCCCACUGGUUGGCUGCAGAGUGCCCGACCCUGGCCACAACAGUGCCUCUCUGAUCCUCACCCGUUAUAACGGAGUGGUUUCGAACCGCCACUGUGCCAACUCCAUGGGGUUCUUCAAGGACACGCCGCUUCACGGUUGCGCAGCUCUACGUUCCCUCUACCAGCUCAGCUACGAGGCAUAGAUUGAUCCCUAUUAUCCAACAGAGAAGAAGAAGAAGAUAAUGAAAAGAAGUAGAACGACCGCCUUGUUCAUUCUACUUCUCUAGCUAUGAGCUAUGCUCUUUACAUGUACUAAAUAUAACCCAGGUUUACCGAUUUCGCGUUUCUAAAACUUCAAUUGACACCGAUGUAUUUAUCGAAUAAAAUCUGUUUUUUCAAGGCCAAACAGAGAAUUCAAGGCAGGAAGUUGUCAAUGACUGUAAACUGAAUAUCGACAAUCCCCGACAAUAUGUAAAUUAACAUGACCUCAAGUUCCUGCAAUGU